CAAGAUCGGACGGUGGACAACCCUUGCCCUCGUAUGUUGAAGGGAUCCAAUCAGAGCGGAGAAUCGAGCCAGCAAUCGCUGCCAGCCGCGAAUCUUCUCGAGAUGACCCAGGUCCCCGUCGCCGACAUGACAAGUACCCCUUCGCGAAAGGAGCCUAUCUUUUUGGCCGACGAUGCCAUGUACUCCAAGGAACACUUUCUUAUCCCCAACCACUACAUCGACUACGUGGACAGUGUGUUGAUUCCGCAAGGCUUGAUCAGCGACCGCAUCGAAAAGCUCGCGCAGGACAUUCGCGCCGCGUACCAAGGGCAAACGAUCCAUUUGCUGUGUGUGCUCAAGGGCGGCAGCGCGUUCUUUCACGCGCUGAUUGAAAAGCUUCGCAUGUUCCACAAGUACAACACGUGCGAGUACGUUCCGUUCACGUUCGACUUUAUCAAGGUCAAGUCGUACGAUGGGCUGCACUCGACGGGCAACGUCCAAGUGAGCGGCGCCGACUUGACCAAGUUCAAAGGCAAGCACUUGCUGCUCGUCGAGGACAUUAUCGACACCGGCAAGACGAUGGCCAAGCUCGUGCCGUACCUUCACGAGUCCGAACCAGCCUCCGUCAAAGUCGCGAGCUUGCUGGAGAAGCGCAACCCCGAGUCGUGCGGGUUCCUCGGCAACUUUGUUGGGUUUUCGAUCCCCGACAAGUUUGUCAUUGGGUGCUGCUUGGACUACAACGAGAUUUUCCGUGACUUGGAUCACAUUUGUAUCAUCAACAGCGCUGGGAUCGCCAAGUGGGCGCACCAUUAACCUAGCCAACUCUCCAUAGCUAGCUAGUUCGCCGCCAUAAACAACUACGCAACAUGUGUCUGGUUGUUAUAGGCCGCGGGAUUAAGCAGCGGGCUUGUACUGCGCAGGCGUCCACGUCUUCACGGUCAGGCCAUGCAUACCACCGAUCUCUUCCUUGAUCACUUCGUUGACCAACCGAUGCUGAGCCACACGCGACUUGCCUUCGAACGCCGGUGACACGACCUCGAUCUUGUACAUAGAGCCGCAGCCGCCAGAGAUGUCGUCCACCUGGACGUGCGUAGCAUCGAGAGCCUUGAGCAGCGAUGCACGCAUCGACUCUUCCGCGGUCGUCGCGAACGAUCGAACGGCGGCGAGCGUUGCCACACGGCCACUGCGACGGAGCAUCAUGAACGAACCAAUUUCCACGCG